AUGGGUGCCGUCGUCUCUUGCAUCCAGAGCAUGUUCCGCACCAUCGGUUCGGUGCUAAUGGCCAUCGUCAACGGCAUCGGCUCGAUCCUGACGGCCAUCAUCAACGGCAUCGUCGCCUUCUUCGACAUCCUCAUCACCUUCCUGACCUGCGGCUACUGCGGCAAGAAGCGCCGCGCCGGCCGCUCCCACGGCGCCACCACGAGUCGGGUCUAG